UCAGUGGCAUUAGGGAAAAGUCUAUAGUCAUAGACGGAUACUGCGCGAGGCAGUUGCACGUGCAAUGCUGUUGCACGUGUUUUGCGCUGCCGUUGUCGUCUGCUGCGGCGGUGCGAGCGCGUUCUAUAUACCGCCACCUGGUGAGAGGAAAGUGUCAUGCUAUCAGUCAGACGAUUCGUCCCAGUCAGUGUACAAUUUUACGAUUAAUGACCUUCAAUCGGGGACGCCAACGAGUCUGUCACAGUUUCGAGGCGAGGUGCUGCUGAUCGUCAACGUGGCGGGAUUCUGAGGGUCAACUCCACAAUAUUUGGGACUGAAUGCAUUACAGAGAGAGUUUCGGGGAUUCAGGGUUCUUGGUUUCCCGUGUAAUCAGUUUGGGAAGCAAGAGCCAGGAGCUAACGCCACCGAGAUUCUCAACACGUUGAAGUAUGUUCGUCCUGGUGAUGGAUUUGAGCCGAACUUCAGCAUGUUUGAGAAAAUCGAAGUAAACGGGGAGAAUGAGCAUCCACUGUAUACAUAUCUUAAGUCAUACUGUGUCGCCACCGUCGACGUCUUCUACACGGAAAGUCCAGGCAUCUACUAUCAGCCCUACAGAAAUUGGGACGUCCGCUGGAAUUUUGAGAAGUUUCUCAUCAACAAGAAGGGAAGGAUCGUGUCCCGGCAUCAUUACAAGACUUUGCCGGGAGACCUGACCACCGACAUCAGGACACUCCUGGAGGAGGGCGUGGACAAUGACCACUAGCGACACAGCUGUUCAAGAGCACAUCCCCUGUGAUGAGAGAUGGAUAUAUUCUCCAACACGAACCCGUUUUUGUUCACUAUCCCUAAAACAGUGUUCAAAUUAAUUGUUGAACACUCCCCACCCCUAAAUAACCCCACCUAUUAACGUGACUUCUUCGCUUUUCUAACUCUUUUGAAUCAAAUAUACUGCAACCUUUAAUACUCUGGCAACAUCGUAGUUAAACAAUGAUUGUAAGUUACAUCCACUUUGUGUGCAUGUUUGCUUUUGGAUUCCUUCUAAUGACCAGGUUAACUUUCCUUAAAGACAUUGAAACGUAAAGGCCGUACUUCAAACUAUAUGACCUUGACCUUACAUACCAAUAUAUUAACCUACCAUCUAUUUUGUAAUAUAAGUCACUGUCACUUAAUCAAUAGUUCACUGAUAAAGCGUAUUUCAAGGCAGGGAUUGACGAUAUUACCUUCCUGUACAACUCCAGAGACUAAAAACGCCAUGUCUAUGGGACUUACAUUUCAAAGCGUGUAUAUUCCCAACAAUAUUCACAUACUAAAAGGCUUGAUGACGGGAAGAUUUGCAACCGGAAAUGGGUAAUCUCCCCUGACCUCCGUUGCUCUUGGGCGCUUUUCUGCAUUCGAGCGUUCUUGAGCAGUGGUGUCUUUUAUUGUGGGACUUAGUGUGGGAGUAUGCAUGCUAGCCAGAAUAAAUCAUUAUUUGUU